AAGAAAUAUAGACCGAAGUCUGUCGCAAUUUACCGCGCGCGACGGCGGCGGUGCGGGAAUUGAAUCGUUGCCAUGGCGACGGCGCAAGGUGGCGACGUAAUUAGAGGAGCCCGGUGUUGAUUAACGGCGCUUCUUCUUCUUCUUCUUCUUCCGCUGUCGCCUCUAGGCGUCGUUCAGCUCCAGAGAGAGAGAGAGAAAGAGAGAGAGAAAACUCCUGGUGACAGAGGGGGUAAAAAUACUCUCCGCUGCUCUUACAUCAGAAGCACUCCGGGGUAUUUUUGGGAGCUUCUCCUUUUCGCCUCCGAGUGUUUUUUUUUUUUUUUUUUUUUUUUACGUCGCUCUAAGGGGACGGCUUUUUCCGGGAGCCUGGCUGGAACAUGCCAAAAAGAAAAAGCGGCGCAGGUGGAGAACCGAGAGCAGGUCUGUAGAGGAUGAGGACCCCCCAGUGAAGCGGGGACCCUGCAGCCAGCAUGUAGGCUAGUCGUGCCCUCGUCGUCGUGAAGACAUGGGGAAGGCUGCAGCAUCCAGUCCCCUCGAGUGUGUCGGUGCAGCGGCGACUGCGUCCGGGGGUGAAGCUGGGUGCCCCAGACGGGACUUGGCCGGCUUUGGAUAACCGCCUCUUGGAGCGCCGGACGAUGGGAAAAUUCACCGAACCGAUCCAAACUUUUCCCCGACAGAGUUGUUUGGUGACUUUCCCUGAACUGUUUUGACUGUUUUACGUGCAUAUGCGUUUGAGAGAUGUGGAGCGCCUUCAUGAACGGCGCCGGGCUGCAGGGCGGCGGCGGCGGCUACGUGCAGUCCCAGGGCUGGGAGUUUGUGCCCCGCUCCAGGAUCGAGAAGGCUGACAGGGGCAGGGGCAAGAACCGCAGCCCGCUGAGGAGGGUCUCCUCCCCGCCCACCGUCUUCAGCCACAUCCAGGACCCGUCGACGGGCGCCGCGUAGACCGGGGCAGAGGGAGGGACAGGGACCCAGCAGCUGGAGGUCCCCAGGGGACAAAUGUGGCCGGGGCCCGAACCCCAGCAGCAGCAGCAGCAGCAGCAGCACAUCCAGCACACACGGCUUAAAAAGAAACUAGAUGAGCUGAAAAAGCGACACGUUCAGGACAAAGAAGGAUGGAUGCGUGAGAAGGAGUCGUUGUUGAGACAAGUGGCCGACAUCCAAGGCGGGGAGAACAGGAGGAUUCUGCUGGACCUGAAGACGGUUCUGGAGGAGGUGCAGGCCGAGGUGAAGAAAGAGGAGGAGAAGAGGAGCGAGCUCCAGCUGCAGUACACCAGAGACAGAUGUGCCUGGGAGCUGGAGAAAGCUGAGCUCAAAUGCAGGAUUGCACAGCUGGAAGCUAGAGAAGCCACAGGGCUAGUGAGCGGGGGGCUCCAGUCAGCGGCGGGUGUGGGGUCAGCGACGUCACGGUGUCCCGGCAAAGCGAACGGCGAGUCCUCCACGCUCCGCCGGGAGAGGGAAGAGCAACGCAGGAUCCUGGCUGACACGCGUUCUACGGCCAUGGACCUGCGCUGUCGCAUGGAUCACAACGAGAGGGACUGGUUACGGGAGAAGGCCGAGCUGCUGGAAAGGUUUGACGUGGAGAGGAGAGAGUGGGAGUGCCAGCUGAAGGACAUGCAGAAGAAAAUAGAAGAGCUGUGCUGUGAGGUGAGAUCCACUCGAGGGACGGCGCUGGACAGCAUGAAGCAGAACGACAACGCGGCCCACAGGCUCAGCAUGCGCUCCACCAGCACAGGCUCCAGUCUGCUCAGCGACAACUCGCGGUCCGAGCUGCUCAGCAGCAGCACUCAGUCAGAACCGACCCGAAACCCGUCCUCACCAGGACUGGGUCCCAGCAGAAACCUCAGCGCCGACGGUGACGCCUCCUUCCAAGCAGACGGCCCGUGUGGAUUCAACGCGGGUUUUCAGUUCAGUCAGAGCGGGCCCGUCCAACCCGAGCUUCUGCUUCAACCAAGAACCAGAGAAACUUGGGGGCAAGAGUCACCGGGGGAUAAUAAAAAAUCUGUGGAUACAGCAGAGCUGGAGGGCUUUUACUGCGGAGCUGCUGGGCGUGGAGCACGGCAAGAAUAUGUUUCUAUAGGGAGUGAAAAAGAAAGCCCUCCCUGGGCCGGACUGAGUUAUGGCAGCGACAAGAAAAAGAACGCUACUGCUCUCAAUGCUGCUCUGAAGGAGAUAGCCCGUGUUAGUGAGGAGCUUUGUAGCUACCAGGAUGAGAUCAGAAAAAAGAGCGGAGACAGGAGGAACCAGUCCGACUCCCUGUGUUCAUCUGAGGGACAUGAAAAAAGCUUCCUUCAGGUGGAAGAGGCUCCUUGUGACCUUGGCCAGAUCUACGACGACCUCAGGGCUCUGCAGCGAGAAAACUGGAUCACGUUGUCGCCAGAAAGCACCUGGAGAGCCAACAGAAGUUCAAGCGACACGUGGAUGGCCAACACGUCUGAUCCAUAUCGCUGCAGAGACACGGAGGCGAGUCCUGGAGAGGACUCUGACACGGUUACAGCAGCUCCACCCAUUCCUCCGCGCACGUCCUCCUGGAAUCUAAGCUCCUCUAAUCCAGACACAGAGCUCCACAUCCCAGAGUCCCCGGUGGCCACGGUGAGGCGGUGCCACAGCCCCUGCGUUCUGCUGGAUAGAAAGUGUAACAGCCCGUCCGUUGUCAGGAAGUUUGAGGCUAUGCUUCAGGAAAACGAGGGGAAAGUCUUUAAAGAUGGCGUGUUAACGUCAGACUCUAUACCUCCGAGCGCCAGCUGUAACGCAGGCUGCUGCCACAAUCGCUGGUCGUGCGACGCAGGCAAGUUGACCCGCAACAAACCGUCCACGUACGGGACGGUCCAGAAAAGCUUCUCCGAGGUCAACAUCUUGACAGCCGGCAAAGAUCAGUGCCCAGAGAAAAACUCCGAUGUUGGGAAAAUGCAAAUGUUUCCAGUCAUCCAGGAGUUCCCUGUGGAUUCUGUCUCACAAGAAAUGCAAGCUGCUAGCCCCGGCCUCCAGGGCUCCAGAAGAAACCUGAUGCUGGAGCGAAAAACAGCUGAGUUCAACAGAACUUUGUUUCAGGCUGAGAUGGGCCGCGGCGUCGACAUGCAAGACCGCUACGCAGGAUCAGAGAGCGGUUCUGAGCCUAGCAAAACAGUCCUGGAAACAUCAGGCCAUAUAUCGCCACCCAAAGAUGCAACAUCUCCAUCCGUUUCCGCUGAUAUUUCCACCAACGUCGCAGAUUUAUAUUCUAAAGUGACAUUAUCAUCCCCUACGUCAGGUUCUACCACACAGAACCAAGAAGUGGAGUCAGUGCAGAUGAGGUGUGCUGCCAAAGUUCAGGACGAGUUCAGGACGAGGCCAGAAACUCCUCCUGUCCUCUCACUGGACGAGCCGCAGGCUGGACUCCGGGAGGCUCCUAAACCCUCUCAGAGCUCUGAACAUCAGAAAGAGGUCAAGCACAAACUGCGAAAAACAGGCAGCAUUUCCAGGAAAUCCCAACAAAGAGCCACGCCUGAACCUCCCUCUUCUGCACAUACCCAGCUAGAUGAAUUUGUGGAGUGCUCCAGCUCCAAGAGAGAGAAUCCCCACGAAGCAAAGCCUCAGACAACCGUAGCCGGCGUUUCAACCCUUCAGCCGGCUGCCGAGGGCAAGAGCAGACCUGUGACUCAGCCACGGCAGCGCUCUGGUUCUCCUUACCAGUCCGACUGCCUCAGACCCGUCCCUCGCAUCAUGAACGAGCAUCCCUGGAAGCCUCUUACGCUUGCCGCAUACCCUCGACCAGAGGGUUCCAGAUCCAACUACGGUGCCGUGGAGAGGAUUCUGAAAAAUUACGAGAGUGCAGCUCGAGCACAACAGAACGAGAUGGUUCCCAACCCCACAGAACUGGACAUGCUGGACAUGGCCCCUCUGCCUUUAAGUCCCACUCUGAGACACAGCUCACCGGCUCCCAGCCCAGCCGCUCAGGUCAGCCUCCACGGUGCCAGGGAGGGGCAGCUUCCACUGCAGGAAGACCAAGAGCCUCCUGACACUCCCCCCUCCGUCCAGAAGAACUUCUCAAGGCCCGCCCGUCCUGCCAACCGUCGCCUCCCCUCCAGAUGGGCCAGCCGCUCCCCCACAUCAUCCUCCUCCCCCUCGUCCUCGCCAUGUACCACCCCCGUGAUGCCCACCUCCUUUGCCCUCCAGAAACACUCUUCCUCCUUUACUUACACACACCGCUUUCACAUAGAGACCGUCAUCAUUUGAACCACCGCGUUGCUAUGUUUAGGAAUCAACCAGAAGCCUUUACUGUUAUCCUUUAAGUCCAAAUUACAGAGUCGCCGCUAAAGACUCAGAAUUUACUCAGAAUGUAUCCAUUGACUAAGUGUUCAUGGCAUCCUGUGGAACAUACCGCAUCAAGAAAGACAAAUAAACCCAAACAGCCACAAGUAUUGUCAUUAUACGCCAGCUGACCAGCCAGGCUUUGGCGGACAGCAUCCGGAGACGUUAGAAACCACUUUCCAAGCAUCGCCAGCCGUCUGAAUGAACAAUCUCUGCUCAGGUCUGGAUCCCAGCUUUGGCUAGCGCAGCUUUACAGAUCUAUUUCUAACAGCCUUUCACUCAUUUCUCUCUAGUAUGGACCGUAUGGCUUUACAACCUGAAGAAGAUUCUAGUUUAUAGUAAAGAUUUGCUAUAAAUGGUACAUGCAGGACACGCAGUAGUGUGUUCAGCCCAGAGACGAAGGUUUCCCUGAGAAGAACGUCCCAGGAGUGAAGCCCCCCUGUAGUGUGUGACUGGACCGUACUUUGACUGUGACCAGAACAUUUUGCUUUUCAUUGAAGUUUCACUUUACCUUUACUGUUGUUAAGCAAAAAAAAAAACAACAUGUCUACUUUUAGCAGUAGCUGCAUAAAAAUGGGACUUUUUUUUUUAUAACUGUACCAAAGGCUGGUUUCUUGUGCAUUUUCCUGAUUUUUAAGUACGUAUGUUUGAAAUUAACAUUCUCUUUUCUGCCAUGGCUAACAUGUAUAAGGUUUGUGUAAACGUCACGUGCAAGAGCCUGUUUUUUUUUUUUUUUUUUUUUGUAUAACCCUUGCUCAGAAAAAGCGAUAGGAAUGCCUUUUUUUUACUCUGAAUAAUAAUGCUCAUCUAUCAAGAUGUUACCCAGCUAAGUAGUGUUUUUUUAUGGCUGAAGGUGAUUAAACGCAAUGCCUUUGCUGUUGAAUUUCUAUAAUAAACACAAGAUUUUAAAAA